AACUCAAUUCGUAAAUUUCAAGUUUGGUUUAGAGGCUUGAAUUUUUUUUUUAAAUGUUCGUCUUUCGAUGCUGAAUCCGAAUAUGAUGUUCAAAAAUUUUUUCUAACGCUCAUUUUUAUAGAAAACUCAUUUUUUCCGACACCUAUAGCUGAAAAACCAUGGUUUUAUAGAAACCUAUCUUCCGAGCAUUUUGGAGAAAACUUUCUGGAGACAAAAAGAAAGAGCAUGUCAAGAAACCCUUAUAAACCAGAGGACAAGCCUAUUAUCGAAUAUCAUUCAAAAUAAAUACUCAAAUUUUAAAAAGAAGGAAAUUUAAUCUAAAAUUUUGUCCAUAAGCAGACUACUUGAUACAUUGAUCUAUAUGAAGACAAGAAUGAUUGACCAUAAGGUUUUCGUUAAACAAUAUUCAUUUUCACCAUACUUAAACGAUCUUUCCCAGUGAAGAAAAUAAUCUGUUGUUGAUUUUUUUUUUCGUUUAAAUGAAGAUAUUCAUGUAUUUGCAGGUCAACAAACAAUUGUUAUGAACAAUGGAAAAUUACUUUAUAAUUUGGAUAUUGUUGGAGAAGAUUAUGUAUUAUCCAAUGAAAUAACUGAACAAUGUCUUUUUGCAGAUAUAAAACGUUUAAUUAUUGAUUCAACAGAUACAUGGUUAGUUACAUUUUGA